GCCAAGCAUUAGUAGUGGAAUACUAGCAUAUAUUGAUCACAUAGCACAUCCAUUCAGCAAAGCAAAACCCCACAUGCCCUCUCACACAAUCUUCAGUUCAGAAUCUGAUGAAGACACUUGGGUUAUCCAAAUUAAUCACUUGGUUAGCGAAACCAACCUCACAAUCUUGAGCAAAAUGCCCGUUUGCAUUUACCAAGUUCCAAAAUCUUUGAGUUGUGCCAAACCAGAAGCCUUUACCCCACAAAUUAAGAGACGUGAUCAUGGUUGAGAACCAAAUUCCAACCUUCAUAUUGAAGAGGAUCUUGUUGAUUGAAAGAUCCGAAACUGAAGAUUCAGUUGAAGAAUACCUGGGUUCAAUGCUCUUGUCAUUCUGUGAGAAACACUGUUCAGUACUCAAGUUAACUCAAACCCCAAAAUGUUCUGAAGCUUUCAAGCAUUGCCAUCUCUUGGAUCUGUUGUACCAUUUAAUUGUCUCUGAGCAUGAAAAGCCAGAAAAACAAACAUUUGAAUCCGAAGAAGCUCCUGUGGUUGUCACCAUUCCUUCUCUGUGUGAGCUUUUUUCUGUUGGGAUCCGUUUUAAACCCUCUGAAGGUGGCAUCAAGGACAUUCAUUUCGACAAGAUGAAGGGCAUGUUUUACCUCCAUGUGAUCAAAUUGGAUGUGAACUCAGAAGUGAUAAUGAGAAACAUAGUGGCUUAUGAGGCCUUGACUCAACCAGAUUCACUCGUAUUCACAAGGUACACAGAGUUGAUGCGUGCAAUCAUAGACACUGUGGAGGAUGUUAAGCUUCUGAAGAAGGCACAAAUCAUAGAAAAAACUAGUUCUCUCAGUGUGGAAGAAACUACGGAUCUUUUUAAUGGGAUGAGCAAAUCCAUCGGACCUACUAAGACUAAAAAGUUGGAUGAAACCAUUCAGAAAGUUAACAAGUACUUCCAUGAUAAGCGUAAGGGUAACCUCUAUUGGAUCUUCACCAAUUAUGUGUACUCUUCCUGGAAGUUCUUCACACUUCUUUCCACCUUUGUGCUCUUGGCCAUGACGGCUCUUGAAGCACUUUGCUCGGUUUAUGAUUGUCGUAGUCAUUUCAGGCUGAAAUGAUUCUCUCAUAUCAUUUUUCUUAUUAGAGGUUGUGUGUGGUGAUGUUUUUUAGUGGUAUAAUGAUGUAGUGUUAUUAGUAUGGUAAUUAGUGUUUAUGGAUGUUCACAUGUGUUUAUUGUUGUAAUCAGAUAUAUACGCUUACCAUGGUUGCAGGUUUCUAUAAUUAUUCGAUCAUAUAUAGGACAUAUGAGCUUGUAUCAAUAGCUUUCAUAAGUAAUGCAAAGCAGCUAACCUGUUUGUGGUACCAGAAUUGUUUUUCUUGAUUAUAUAUGUGUGGCAGA